CUGCAGUCCGUCGCCGUCGCCGCGCGCACCCUCGCCCUGCUCUGGCGCCUCCCCCUCGUCGCCGUGAACCACUGCGUCGGCCACAUCGAGAUGGGCCGCCAGAUCACCGGCGCCGCCGACCCCGUCGUGCUGUACGUCUCGGGCGGCAACACCCAGGUCAUCGCCUACGCCGAGCGCCGGUACCGCAUCUUCGGCGAGACCCUGGAUAUUGCCGUAGGCAACUGCCUCGACCGCUUUGCGCGCACCCUCGCCAUCAGCAACGAUCCGGCUCCGGGCUACAACAUCGAGUUGCUGGCUCGGCGCUCCAAAGGUCGCGUCUUGCUUGACUUGCCGUACGCGGUUAAGGGCAUGGAUUGUAGUUUUAGCGGUAUCCUGACUGCGGCCGAUCUGCUAGCCGCGCAGAUGCGCGAGCAGGAGGCGCGCAUUGCGGCGGGCGAGGAGGUCAAGGAGGAGGAUAGGAUUACGCCCGAGGACCUGUGUUACAGUCUCCAGGAGACUAUUUAUGCCAUGCUCGUCGAGAUCACCGAACGCGCCAUGGCGCACGUGGGCAGUAACCAGGUGCUCAUUGUUGGUGGCGUAGGAUGCAACGAACGUUUACAAGAGAUGAUGGGACAGAUGGCUAAGGAGAGAGGCGGGAGCGUGUAUGCGACUGACGAGCGCUUUUGCAUUGACAACGGCAUCAUGAUCGCCCACGCAGGUCUACUAGCCUAUGAGACAGGAUUCCGUACGCCCCUAGAGGACAGUACUUGUACGCAACGAUUCAGAACAGAUGAAGUCUAUGUCAAAUGGAGAGAUUAAGAGCAAGUCUAAUAUGCCCAAUUGUGAUUGUGCCGGAUUUCUCUAAAUUUAUUACCAGUAUUGUCUAAAUGGAUUCCGUAUGUUCUGCCUGAGCAGAUAUAACCUUUACAUCAUAACGCAUCCUUCUAUGGUUUCAUGAAAUCGUAUUAUCCUCAUACAUAGCAACCCGAUUUUAUAAUUCGAAUCGUUGCGCAACGCAUUUUACACGAGCAACCCAUUGCUGCAACCCAUUACUGAAUUCAUCACCUUCUUGCUGAUGCAAGACGCGGGACACUGAUCGGUGCUGCACUCCAAAUCCCGGAGUCGUGUUCUAAGCACAGCAUAUAGAACUUCUCCCUGUCCUGAUUACAAGCCCAUAGCGGGACGUUUUGCCAUCAUUGAAAUAAGCUCCCAUACAACAGGAAAUGUGACGUAUCCGAGGGACAUCCGACACAAUCUCAUACUUUUACCACGAACAUCGAGAAAAAAAAAAAAAAAAA